GCAGGCAGCAGCAAACCCAGGGAAACAUGCCCCCGCCCCCACCACCACCACCGGCUGUAGUCCCCUCUGACAAAAGCAAGAGAAAGAGGAACUACAGCAAUGUGGGGUCUGCCCAGGAGACCUCUAGUGAGAACCUCGGUGCGGUGGACCCAUCAGUGUUAAAAAGGACACAUGCUGAGCCUCGCACUAGAAAGAGGCUGAGGAGGACUAACGAGUCACCCAACGAUGAAGCAUCCUUUAUCAGCAAGUACACAAUGGGAGACCUGCUUGGUAAAGGAGGGUGUGGAUGUGUUUUUGAAGGAACUAGAAAUUCUGAUGGAUUACAGGUUGCCAUUAAGAUCAUCCCCAAAGAAAAUACAGGGGGUUAUAUAACUGUGCCUGACACCGGUGAGCAGCUCCCUCUGGAGGUGGCCCUUAUGACCAUAGUGUCCAGGCCACCAGAGUGCCCCAACAUCCUCAAGCUCGUGGAAUGGUUUUCAUUGCCCAUCAUGUUCAUCCUCAUCCUGGAGCGCCCGAUGCCCUGCAUGGAUUUGUAUGAAUACUGCGAGACUUUAGGAGGUCAGCUCACUGAAAGCCAGGGGAAGCACAUCAUCCGCCAGGUGGUCCUUGCUUUGAAACACUGCCGUGACCGCAGCGUUUUACACCGUGACGUAAAGCAAGAAAACAUCCUGGUCAACACCGAUGAUGUGACGGUCAAGCUUAUUGACUUUGGCUGUGGGGACUUGUUGAAAGAGGGACCCUACAACGCCUUUGCUGGCACGGAGGCGUUUAGCCCACCCGAGUGGUGGCUGCAUAACAGCUACCAGGGCCGUCCGGCCACCGUCUGGUCCCUGGGGGUGCUGCUCUACGUCCUCCUCUGUGGUGAGCUGCCAUUUGUGGACGAUGUGGAGAUCGUCACCAGACGACUGCGUUGCAAGAGGGGUCUAUCCAGGGAAUGCCGUAAUCUUAUUCACUGGUGCUUGAAGAAAGACCCAUCCAAACGGCCAGUCCUGGAGGAAAUCCUCCAGCACAAGUGGCUCUCAGCCGACUAGGGUUACGUUACAGCAAGGAGUGAGAGGAGGAAACUGUAAGACAGUCUAACCGAUAGUGAAUCAAAAUGUUACACAUUUCACCAAUGAAAAACAUUUUCUUUAUCCUUUUACCAUGUGUGUACCGUAAUGUAUGUGUUAUCUAACAUCUCUUCAUACAAAAUCAUUGAGUGACAGGGAAGGAGGUUGCUUAAGGAGCAGCACCCCUUAAAGCCACAGAACAUCUGGACAAGGAAAGCCACGGGAAAUACCAUCUCCACGGGAACUGCAAGACGUGUAUUGGUCCAGAAGCAGAACAUGUCUAUCUAAACAGUAUUCCUGUAAAAUUGUGGAGACAAACAGAGUUGGUUGGUUGAGACUUUGAGUCUCACUUGGUAAGUCGAUAAUCGUUGCAUGAAAAAGGCGUGCGGUAGAUGGAGCAGGCAGCAAAUACCAUCUAAUAUCUGGUGGGUUCAUCUAGCAAGUGUUUCAAAAAGAAAAUGGAAGUGAAUUAACAAGAUUAUAAUGAUAUUUGGAUUAAAGGUUGGACAAAAGAUGACACUAAGCACUAUGUAUCAUACAUAAGAGCUACUCAUUGUAAAUAUCUUCUUUUUAAAGGCCUGCUCCCAUUACGGACUCUCCCAUGAAUGACCAGGCUGGUUGAUUGCCACUGUUUCAGCUUUGCUCUUGGCUGCACACCUAGCUAGUAUGCCUGUGUCACAAGUACCACGGACUGGGCCUGU